AUGACGAUGGAAGAUCCGCCUCAGAAGCCCCCCGGGGAGGGACUUUUCCACCAACGAGACCUGCCGACCGUCCAGGCUUCAAGCAUGGCUGCAUCAGUCGCAGAUUCAGCGACAACAAUCAGGAACGACUCCGGUGCUGUUCGUUCAGAAACCAAGAAUCCUGCUAAGAUUGCCAUUCCCCGCCAACGCUCGGGGAUCGCCCCGCGCUAUAAUCGGCGGGUCCCUCGGGCUUGCGAAUCGUGUAGGUCGCGCAAAACAAAAUGCAGUGGCGACACCCCUGUCUGUCGACAAUGUCGAGAAUUGAGGGUAACGUGCCAUUACCCUGUUGGAUGGAAGGAGAGAACGAAGAAACAAGUCGAUAAACUAUCCGAAAAAGUACAAGAUUAUGAAAAUAUGUUGAAGGACUUGGGAGCUUUCGUUGAGAGUCGAACUGCAGACCGGAUCAAGAGCUUGUUGGACAAGCAUGGCUUGGACGUGGAUUACUCGUCGAACAACUCCCAUUCAGUCACCCCACAAGACCAAGACGAAAUGCAAGAUGAGCCGCAAGAUGAUGAAAUAAGUACGCCCUCGUCGAUCGGGUCUUUGGAAGCGGUCGACCGCGUCGAAGAGGAUUUGAACCGGACCGAAAACUCAAGAGCCACGGGAUUUAUGGGCAAAAAUUCGGAAAUCACCUGGAUGCAACGUCUCCAGAGAGAAGCAGUGCAUCGUUCGCAAGGAUUGCCUGGGUCAUUAGAGCCGGGCCAAAGCAAACGACAAGACGAUGACUUGGCCCUUCAUGCCGUGAAUUACCACUUGGACGACCUCGAUAUCUCUGUGCCUGGCCCGAUUGAAAUCUAUGCCAUGCCUUCCCGCGAGCAAGCCGAUCAACUCUUCGAUGACUACUUGCGAACCGUGCACCCGUUCUUCCCUAUCAUCAACAGACCUCUCUUCCGCGCGCAAUAUACGACCUACUUCGAAAGCAAUGCACAACCAGGGGACAAGUGGCUUGCCAUAUUGAAUAUGAUAUUCGCCAUCGGUGCAAAGCAUGCUCACCUAAUCGAGGCACCGUGGGCUGGCGAUGAGAGGGACCAUCUGACAUAUUUGACUCGGGCCAGAAUCCUAAAUCUGCAGCAGGUCCAAGUUGAGGGCCUCAUCGCAUUCUACCUGCUCUCAUCCGAUCAAAUCAACCGGGCGUGGAGGAUGUCGGCUCUUGCGGUGCGGUCCGCUAUCAGCCUCGGUAUAAAUAUGAAAAGUAGCAGUCCAAUGACUCCUAAUAUCUCCAAAGAGGCUCGCUAUCGAGUCUGGUGGUGUCUCUAUACCUUCGAGCAUCUGCUUGGUAUCAUGACUGGCCGGGCCACAUGUAUACUAGACGGAGUUUGCACAACACCACUACCUCUGCCCUUUGAGGAGGAAGAACUGGCAGAGCCCGCAGCUGCCGAAGUUCUCAACAAUUCGCACCUUCGGGAUGAACGCAUCAACAAGGUCAUGGCGAGCGCGUGGGUCCGGCAAAUGCCACUUAACCCGACGGGAGGCAAGGAAGCCACCCAUUCCUCUCGUGUACGAGAAAACUCUUGGGUGAAGAAUCUGCCGCCUACCUUCGGACUUACUCAUCUGUAUUACUGCGACCUAGCAGUCAUCACCCAGGAGAUUGUCAAUAAAGUGUAUUCUGUCGACUGCGUGAUGGUGCCGUGGACGCACAUCGAGAACCGCAUCGGUGAAUUGAGAUCUCGGUGUGAUCUCUGGUACCGAAGCCUUCCCGCAGCUCUCGAUUUCACCCAGAAGAAUGACGACACCCCGGAGAUCCUCCGCAGCAAGCUUGCCUUGGCAUUUCAAUAUUGGAGUGCGCGUAUCACCCUCGGUCGCCCAUGCCUGUGCCGGCGCGAUGCACAGCAGAAGAACCCGGCCGAUAGAUCAAGUUUCAGUCAUGAUGUGGCUGUGCUGACCCUGGAGUCCGCCACGAGCAUGCUGGACCUCAUCCCAGAUGAACCAAAUGCCGUUCAGCUUUAUUCGAUUGCCCCAUGGUGGUGCAUUCUUCACUACCUCAUGCAAGCCGCGACAGUCCUCUUGCUCGAGCUGUCUUUUGGGAGUGUACACAUGCCCGAUGACGAGAAGAACUUCGUCGCAUAUUCAAAGAAAGCAAUUCGGUGGCUUUAUGCCAUGUCUGAACAUAGUGUUGCAUCACGCCGCGCCUGGCAGCUGUGCGAUAUUUCACUGCGCAGACUGGCCACUGGCAUGAAAUUCAAUGUGACCGACAUGCCCACAACCACCUACCAAAACGCACCCACCUCUACCCUGGAUCUUACCGACCCAGGUCAUCAUCCUGGCCAAAGCCUGAACACCGAGCGACCUGGAUCUCUUCGAAUGGACUCGGCGGGCUUUUGGGGUCCUCACUUUGAAGAUCUGAGCUUGACCGGCCAACCCCAGAUUUUCCCGACCGACCACUUGCACAAUGGCUAUCCCGAAAUACUUUCAUCUGACCCUAUGUCCCAAUUUACUAUUGAAGGCUCGGUGGCGGACGACCUGUACUUCCCGUAUGAUCCUAUCAGCGGCGAAUUCAUCCGCAGCUUCUUCCCCAAUGGCAACGAAGAAGAGUCGACAUGGGGAUGA